UGGAAGGGCGGGGAGAAGCUGCGGGCUGAAGGCGGGGCGAGCGGCUGCCAAGACAGCCAGCCAAUAGGCGGCUUUCCAGCAGCUGAACCAGGAGGGCAGGGGCGCCGCCAACAGCACCACUGCCUUCCAAGUUUCCCUUGUGGAUGCACGACCCUGCGGCACCGCUCCUCCGGGCGCAGAGGAGCCGGGAGAGGCCGGAGGAACGGACUCGGGACGGGAUUUCUGAGGAAGGGGAGAGGACGGGCGCCCAACCUGCUCUGCGGGGCGGGUGAACUAUGAAGGGCCGGCGGCGGCGGCGCCGAGAGUACUGCAAGUUCGCGCUGCUGUUGGUGCUGUACACACUGGUGCUGCUGCUAGUCCCCUCCGUCCUGGACAGCGGCCGCGAUACGAACAAGAGCGCCGGGCACUGCCCUGGCCUGCAGCGCAGCCUGGGUGUGUGGAGCCUGGAGGCAGCGGCGGCAGGCGAACGUGAGCAGGGCGCGGAGGCGCGGCCCACCACUGAAGGGGGCGCGGGCCAGUCAUCCCGGUCCCUGGGCAACCUCAGCGGCUCCGUCGGGGAGGCGGGGUUUCGCGAGAAGCAGCACAUCUAUGUACAUGCCACCUGGCGCACCGGUUCGUCCUUCCUGGGCGAGCUCUUUAAUCAGCACCCAGACGUCUUCUACUUGUACGAGCCCAUGUGGCACCUAUGGCAGGCACUGUAUCCAGGCGACGCCGAGAGCCUGCAGGGCGCGCUGCGAGACAUGCUACGCUCCCUCUUCCGUUGUGACUUCUCGGUGUUGCGGCUGUACGCGCCGCCGGGGGACCCCGCAGCGCGCGCCCCGGACUCAGCCAAUCUCACCACGGCCACCCUCUUCCGCUGGCGGACCAACAAGGUCAUCUGCUCGCCGCCACUGUGUCCUGGUGCGCCCCGAGCCCGCACCGAGGUGGGCCUAGUCGAGGACACCGCCUGCGAGCGCAGCUGCCCACCCGUAGCGAUACGUGCCCUGGAGGCCGAGUGCCGCAAGUACCCAGUGGUGGUCAUCAAGGACGUGCGCCUGCUCGACUUGGGCGUGCUGGUGCCCCUGCUCCGUGACCCGGGCCUCAACCUGAAGGUGGUGCAGCUUUUCCGCGACCCGCGGGCCGUGCACAACUCGCGCCUCAAGUCUAGGCAGGGGCUGCUGCGCGAGAGCAUCCAGGUACUGCGCACCCGCCAGAGGGGCGAUCGCUUCCACCGAGUGCUGCUAGCGCACGGCGUGGGCGCUCGCCCCGGGGGCCAGUCCCGCGCUCUGCCCGCCGCGCCGCGCGCGGAUUUCUUCCUGACGGGCGCGCUGGAGGUGAUCUGCGAGGCCUGGCUGCGCGACCUGCUUUUCGCGCGCGGGGCGCCCGCCUGGCUGCGGCGCCGCUACCUGAGGCUGCGUUACGAGGACUUAGUGCGGCAGCCGCGCACGCAGCUGCGCCGCCUGCUGAGCUUCUCCGGGCUGCGCGCGCUCGCCGCGCUCGACGCCUUCGCGCUCAACAUGACCCGCGGCGCGGCUUAUGGCGCUGACCGGCCCUUUCACCUGUCAGCGCGCGAUGCCCGGGAAGCGGUGCACGCUUGGCGCGAGCGCCUGAGCCGAGAGCAGGUGCGCCAGGUGGAGGCCGCCUGCGCUCCAGCCAUGCGCCUGCUCGCCUAUCCUCGCAGCGGAGAGGAGGGCGAUGCGGAGCCACCCAGGGAUGGGGAGACGCCGCUGGAGACCGAGGCCGAUGGCGAUACGUAGCCCUUAACUCCUGCCCCCAGGGCGAAUCCAGGUCAGUCACCAUGAACCGGGGCACUCAGCAUGCUGCUCCAGCACUGGAGAAGCAGCGCCAUGGAGGCAAUCUGUCACACUGUCGGAGACUGGGACUUGACUUAGUACCAACUGCUGUGCAAUUCUGCUGAGCAGGAAUAUCAUGAGCUGUUCAAUAAUGACGGAUGCAUUGGUUGAGAUGAAGUUUCCAGUAAGGAAGUGACAGUGCAAUGUGGAUAUUUAUGGCUAUAAAAGAGAAAGAGCUUGAGUUCCCAGGCUGAACCUGCUUCUGCUGGAGCCAUUUCAAUAAGGCAUCCUCUCCACAAAGAAGAGAUGUGAUUUGGGACCAUUUCACAUCAGCAGGUGUCUGAACAAAAGCAUCAGUGUGAAUAAGGGCCAAGCGCAGUCCUGUCUAUCCUGAUUAAAUUACUUAAUAUUAAAUAAAAGGUCUGGGUGGUAUUGUUUUUAA